UGUUUUAGGACCUGAGGUAGUCUCCAUAGAGUAUAGAGAUAACGUCUUUCCCGCCUGGGUCUCUACUCUUCCUUUCACUGUGUCAAACAUUGCAGGCAUCUUUGUUUUCGUACAUUUGGUUAACUUGCAAUUGACCAUCUAGUCUAUACCAGAAGCUGUUGUUGCAUCAAGGGAGAGCUCAAAUCUACCCAACGCUUAGCUCACCUCGUCUAUAAGGCAACUCUCCCCCGAAUAACCACAACUUCAUCUUUUCACUCUCCACCGAUUGAGCAACACAUCUCACUUACUACAUGGACACAAUGUCGUCGGAACAGCAACAACACCAGGCCCCCCGCUUCUGCGCCGACUGCUUCAAGGGCACGCUCCGCGGCGACACCGAGCUCAAGGGCACCGUGGAGACCGUCUACGGCCUGCCGACGUACGUCGCGCGCCCUGGGCCGGGCCGCGGCGAGCCCGCGGGCGUCGUCGUCAUCUUGCCGGACGCGAUGGGGUGGGAGCUGCAGAAUACGCGCGCGCUGGCGGAUGCGUAUGCGAAUAGGAUCCCGGCGGUGGUGCUGCUUCCUGAAUUGAUGAAUGGCUACGCCAUCCCAGCGACCGCGCUCGCCAUGACUGACAAAAUGGAGGCCGAAAAGUCGUGGUGGAGAAAAUACCUCCUCAUCGCGCCCGUCAUGGUCGCGACGAUGCUGCGCUACUUCAUCCCCCUCGUCAUCGCCACCCGCUCCAGCGUCGUCGUCCCGCGCAUAGAGAAUUACCUCCGCGCCGUCCGCCUCUCGCCACCGUCGCCGCUCCCUCCCCGUCCAUCGACCUCGACCUCAUCCUCCGCCGGUGAGGCAUCCGCUAAGAAAGACACCAAGAUCGGCGUCGCGGGCUUCUGCUGGGGCGGAAAAUUCACCGUCCUACUCUCCCAGCUCGCCGCGGGACCGUUCGGCGGCGAGAGGCUCAUCGACUGCGGCUUCACGGCGCACCCGAGCUUCCUCACGUUGCCGGGCGAUCUGGAGAAGGUGGUGCUGCCGCUGAGCGUGGCGAACGGGGACGACGAUAUGAUGAUGCCCCGGGCGCGGAUGGUGGAGGCAAAGAGCGUGCUGGGGAAGAAGGGGGAGGACUUUGAGAUUGUGGAGUAUGUCGGUGCCACGCACGGGUUCGCUGUGAGGGGGAACCCGAAUGAUCAACGGCAGGCGGAGUUCGGGAUGAGGGCGGAGGAUCAGGCUGUUGGGUGGUUUCGGCGGUGGUUUGGGCUCGGUGCUUGAGUGAAUGGGUGAGGGAUGGGAUGGGAUGGGAUGAAUUGGGACCAGGAAUGGUUGAUCGAGAUUGGUUUGACGCGGAUCACCUUUCCAUCACACUUCGAAAGUGACUGCAAGUCUUCUGUCUUUCACCUUAUGUACGCGCGGGCUGAAAGCGAGUAUAGUAGUUUUCGGUAAUGAUAGGACUGGGGUCGAAUUCAGGCUUGCUAAUGUUGCGAGGCUCACAACCUCCCCUUGAUACUCUUUACCUGUGAGUACCAAGACCGUUGGCGGGCACGGCAAGUUCAAGUUACCUCUAGCUAGAUGAUAACUCAACAAAAGACACUUGAACAAAAUUCAAGCCAAGCGACCACUGAGUCCACAAUAUCCAACUCAAAAACAUGCAUACGCCAAAUUGACAUCACUUAGGCAAACCUUGGACAUCGCCAACAGUCAAAAAGGCAAAAGAUAAUGGUUCUCCCCUUCCAGAAUCGAACU